UGCGGAAACCCGGAGAGUAUCCACGGUGGUUCCUCCACUACAAGCGGGCGGCCGAAGAAACCAAGCACGGCAUCCUCAUCCUUCAGCUGACGAACGACUACUUCAAGUCCAAGGCAUGCCGCUGGGAGUUUGGCUACGUGCGCAAGCCCGAGCUCGUGCACGUCUUCGUCCAUGGCGCGGAUGGGCCGCAGAUCUUGCGCUGGCAGGAGUUGAUGGCGAGGCCGGCACUCUGCAAGCAAGCCUUUGGGGGCACGAGCGAUGAUCGCGCGCAGCUGAACCAGGUGGCCGAGAACAUGGCCAACGAUGAGGAGGUGAAGGCUAUGGAAGAUCUCUUGGCCCAGGUGGGCAAGGCUGCAGACUUCCGUGGAGGCUCAAGAGCACCAGGCCUGGUGUGA